AUGAAGCGUCUACUUUCGAAUGAUCUUUCAACAUCACCAACAACAAAAAUACUUGCUAUUAAUACGAACGAAGAAGAAAUGACGAGCAAUAUCAAUAAUUCAACUAAUCUUAAUAAUGGACAUCCAAAUAGUGAUAAUAAUGAAGCCAAAAAAGCUCGAAUUGAAAAAAGUCCACCAUCACGUGUUGUUCAUUUGAGAAAUAUUGAUGCAAGUGAAUUAGAUAUCGUUCAAUUCGGUCUUACCUUUGGCAAAAUUACAAAUGUACUUAAUUUACGAAAAAAAAAUCAAGCUUUUCUUGAAUUUGACAAUAUUGAACAUGCACAAGCAAUGACUGAUUAUUUUUCCUCAAUACCUAUAUUAUUAAAUGGUCGACAAAUAUUUGUACAAUUUUCAAAUCAUCAAGAAUUAAAAACCGAUCCAAAUAAUGCAAAUAAUCAACAAGCACAAGCUGCAUUACAAUCAGCAACAAUUCUACAAGAAAUUGGACAAACAGGUGGACAAAAUUGUGUAUUACGUGUAGUUGUUAAUAAUAUGAUUUAUCCUGUUAAUGUUGAUACAUUUUAUCAAAUUUUUAGUAAAUUUGGUAUUGUGUUAAAAAUUAUAACUUUUACAAAAAAUGAUAAAUUUCAAGGAUUAAUACAAAUGAAAGAUGCAACAACUGCACAAUCAGUAAAAUUGAAUUUAAAUGGUCAGAAUAUCUAUAAUGGAUGUUGUACAUUACAAAUUGAUUUUUCUAAAUUACAUUCAUUAAAUGUAAAAUAUAAUAAUGAUAAAAGUCGAGAUUAUACAAAUCCAAUAUUACCAUCAAGUGAAAAUUCUAAUGAACCUAUUUCAAUUGGUGCAAGAUAUUUAGCAGGUAUUCCAAAUGUUUAUGGUUCACCAAUAAUGACACUUGCUGGAGCACCAUUAACAACACUUUCAGCAAUGAAUAAUGGUGCUAUACAUUUUCCUACAUCAACUGCAGCAAUGUUUAAUGCAAGUCAAUUAGCUUCACAAUAUACUACUGCAAUAGCUUGUCAAAAUCCUGCUACAACAUUAUUGACAACCACUGGUACAAAUCAAUCACCAUUAUCAUUAUCAACAUUACAACAGCAACAACAUCAUCAUCAGCAGCAGCAUCAUCAUCAUCAUCCACAUGCAGCAAAUACAAGUCCAUAUAUAUUGCUUUCAGCAUCAUCAUCUGAUGAGGUAUGUGGAAAUGGUGGUGGUGGUGGUACUCGUGUUGGUACCGGGAAAAAUGCAACUCUAUCUUCACCUUCUGCUCUUUAUUUCUACAACAACAACAACACUACACCCACCAUGUACUCUGCUGACUUUCUGCGCUUGUGA